AUGGCUGGAGACAAGAACUCUGGUAACACAAUAGACAUAACUAGCCCCUUAUACUUACAUCCCUCUGAUGGAAGUAGUUCUAUUAAUAUAGAAAAACUUGUGGGUGCUAGCAAUUACAGAUCAUGUAAAAGAUCUCUUGAGAUAAGCCUAGCCUCAAAAAGAAAAAUAGGAUUUGUAACAGGAGCAGUGAAGAGAGAUGCAAGCAAUAGAAUGAAACAAGAAGCCUGGGACACAUGUAACAACAUGGUAAUCUCUUGGAUAUUGUUCAAUGUUUCUGAACCUAUUAAAAAAUCUGUAAUGUUUGUUGAGAAUGCAUCUCAAAUCUGGAAAUUUCUUGAACAAAGGUUUCUAGUGUCAAAUGGGUCUAGAAAAUACAGACUGAACAAAGAAAUCUAUGAAUCUAAACAGCAAGGUAAAAGCAUAACUGACUAUUACACUGAAAUGAGGGGUUUAUGGGAAGAGUUGGAUGCCUUAAACCAUCUCCCACCUAUCAGUGCUGUAGAUCCUGAAAUAAAUGCAUUUGUUCUUGCUCUUAACACUCAACAAGAAGAACUGAAGCUGUUUCAGUUUCUUAAUGGCCUUGAUGAAAUUUAUGGGCCUCAAAGAAGUAAUCUCCUGAUGAUGAGUAGUUUGCCAAGUGUUAAAACUGCCUGCAGUAGUCUUCAACAGGAAGAGUGUCAAAGGGAAAUGUUGAAGCCUGUGAAAGAAGAAAAUGAAGUAAUGGCCAUGUACAGCAAAGGAAGAGAAGGGGGGUGCAGUGUAUGUGGAAAGCCUGGACAUAACAAGGAUGUUUGUUGGUUUGCUGUAGGAUUUCCACACUGGCAUCCUAAGCAUGAAAAAGAGCAGAAAGGCAAGGUGAAGGAGUACAAUGGCAACAACAACAGACCUCAGAAAUGGAAGAAAGGGGGAAAAACAUGA